AUGGCGGCGCGGUGCCUGGGCUCUGCGGGACUGAGGCAGCUGCUGCUGCGCGCGGUGGGCGCGGGGCAGGUGAACAUGGGGCACGUCCGGGGCAGCGUUGUGAGGAGGAGCGUCCUUGGGGCCUCCUUACACCCAGGAGUGGCCUGGAGACCAAGCAGGUGUGCCAGUUCCACGGAAGCACCUGCCACAAAAGUGGAGGAUGACUCCUUUCUCCAGUGGCUCUUGCUUCUCAUCCCGGUGACUGCCUUUGGCCUGGGGACAUGGCAGGUCCAGCGUCGGAAGUGGAAACUAAAGCUGAUUGCCGAGUUAGAGUCUCGAGUUAUGGCCGAGCCCAUUCCUCUGCCAGCAGACCCAAUGGAGCUGAACAGUCUGGAAUACAGGCCAGUAAAGGUCAGGGGGCGCUUUGACCACUCCAAGGAGCUGUACAUGAUGCCCCGGACCAUGGUGGACCCAGUCCGGGAGGCCCGGGAGGCUGGCCGAAUCUCCUCCUCAGCAGAGAGUGGUGCUUAUGUCAUCACCCCCUUCCACUGCUCUGACCUGGGAAUUACCAUCUUGGUAAACCGAGGGUUUGUCCCCAAGAGGAAGAUGAACCCAGAUACCAGGCAGAAGGGCCAGAUUGAUGAGGAAGUGGAACUAGUUGGGAUGAUAAGGUUGACAGAAACCAGGAAACCUUUCAUCCCUGAGAACAAUCCCGAGAGGAACUACUGGCAUUACCGAGACCUAGCUGCCAUGGCUAGGGUCACAGGCUCAGACCCCAUCUUCAUUGAUGCCGACUUCAAGAGCACAGUCCCUGGAGGGCCCAUUGGAGGCCAGACAAGAGUCACAUUGAGAAAUGAACACCUGCAGUACAUUAUUACCUGGUAUGGCCUUUGUGCAGCCACUGCGUACCUAUGGUUUAAAAAAUUCAUACGUCAGACUCCUCUGAGAUAG